ACACUCGACACCUUUUCUCCUGUCAAUCAGAAUGGUAGUUUUGAGUUUGAUCGCAUCAUCAAGUCUGGCCAAGUCUCGAAGCGAACUCGCAAGACCAAGUCAUGGAAACCCAUAUACAUCGUACUGAGGCCCAAUCUUCUCUCCAUAUACCGUGACAAGGCCGAAACAAAACUGCGCCACCAGAUUACCCUCUCCGAUCUAACUGCUAUUGCUCGCCAAAAGGAUCCCAAAGGAAAGGCCAAACACGUCUUUGCCCUCUUCUCUCCCUCGCGGAACUACCAUCUAGAGGCUGCUUCGGACCAGGACGCUCAAGAUUGGGUCCAGCUCAUUAGGCGUGAGGCUCGCAUUGAUCGGAAUGAAGAAGAGAUAGUCUUGGCCAGUCCCGGUGGUGCAAAGAGCACCUAUCGUGGUUUCGAGAGGCACACUGAUCAUACCAUUAACCAGGACAUUCCUCAAGGUUACAGUUCUUCGGACGCAGAGACUCCCGUCUAUAAUCCUCCGAUACGUCGACCAAAGCAUGCCUUGCACAGUAAACGCAGACCCUCGCACACGCUUGAUUACUCUGGUCCCGAAAAUGCUUCAUACUCUGAUUUUUCAGACUCACAAGGCCCUUCAGCUCGCAUGUCAUCCCUGUCAUUGACUCUGGCCGAGAAUCAGUCACAACAGAUGCCACCUAUGGCUGGUGCCAACACGAUUUAUGGAGCAAACACCCGUACCCCUUUAGCACCACGUAACGUUAGCCAAACAUCAGGCAUACAAAUCGUAAAACAAGACGAAGAAAGAGUCAUCUGUCAGGGCUGGAUCUACAUGCUCAAGUCAAAGUCAGGGGUACGACAAUGGAAAAAGAUGUGGAUGGUGUUGAGGCCCAAAUCACUGGCGCUGUACAAGAACGAAGAAGAAUACGCAGCAGUGCUGCUCAUUCCGUUCCACAACAUCAUUGAUGCCGUCGAGAUCAAUCCCAUUAGCAAAAGCAAGCAAUUCUGCUUGCAGCUCAUCACGGAAGAACGCAACUAUCGCAUGUGUGCACCCGAUGACGAUGGGCUGGCGCGGUGGUUGGGAGCGGUCAAGAGUCUGCUGGUCAAAAGAAAAGAGAUGGCUGGGAGCAUGCAACGAGCAGGGACGGGAGCAAGCUAA